AUGACAGGCGCCUCAUUCGACAUAGAUGUCCUUUCUUCGACAACAAUAUUCCCAGAGUCGCGCUCUGGACAACCGAUGACAGUUCCGCUUUCCAUCAUGGUCAGUACUGUUUCUUACUUCUCUCGUUGUGCAGCAAUCUGGUACUAUGACCCUCCAAGCAAUCAGAGCAAGGCGAAUCCGCUUACUUGCGACCACCUUCAAACGGCUCUCUCGAAAACUUUGAACUCUUAUCCUAAUGGUGCGGUCGUCUCUCUUAUGCCAGAUACAAACCAAACUGUGGACAUACCAACCGAUAUCGAAGAGUUCAUGUGACCUAUAACUCUCCAACAGAUAUAGGGGUUCUUUUCGUUACAGCUACUUCACCCCAAGUACUCUCGGACUUCAUCCCAGAGCCUGAAAUCCGGAAGACUUCUUCCAAAGCCUGGGAUGACUCGCUUAUCCCUUCCGAAAGUCUCUUUCCCCGCACAGAACUGUCCCUGAACAACGAAAGUGUUCCUGUUGAUGCGCCAAACCUCGUCGUUCAACUUACCACCUUUGCAUGUGGAGGUGCUGCAUUAUCCAUUAGCAUCACGCAUAGUCUUGCGGAUGCCCAAUCUCUUUCUCAAUUCGCUAGAGAUUACUCUUCUACGGCGUCUGCCAUGUUAAACUCAAGGACUCUACCAGCUCUCAGGCCGCUGUUUGACCCAAGCCUUCUUGACGCCUACGCUGCUGGCGACAUUGAUGCAGAAAUGCCAGACACAUCGAUACAAGAAAAGGCCCGUAAACUUCCACUGCAUAGGUAUGAUAAUUAUAUUGGCAAGCCGCAAGUAAAGCUUCCCCCGGAUUUGGAUAUUGUUGCGCACCUCCCCCACUCGCCAAGCAUCCCCAUUCCUUGGAACGAAUGGGAUAUUCAUGCUCCAGUUGCACAUCGGCUUUUGCACUUUACAACCUCAGACGUCGAUAGGAUCCAUGGACUUGUAAGUUCUCCCACAGGCGUUCAAGCCACCAGGAUAUCCAAGCUCGACACUACUAUCCCACAUAUGGGCACUCAUCAACACAGCUAGAAAGCUCCCACCGGACACAAAAACGUUUCUAGGCCUCUCAGUAGGCCUUCGCAACCGCCUGGACCCUCCUCUGCCCUCUUCAUUCCUUGGCAGCCCUAUUAUUUCUGCUGCUAUAUCCAUGUCCACGCCUUCUGGCUCGGACGUCGCUCAGUCCCUCGUAGCCACAGCUACGCAAAUCCGUACCUUACUCAAGCAGUUUACGCCUCAGAAUACAGUCGCAAUUCUUCACGAUGCGGCUUUUGAGGUCUCGCCUCAACGCCUUUGGCGAAGUUUUCUUGGAGAGAAGCAUGUCCUCUUGACGCCUUGGCUACAUUUGAAGCUGGAUGAAGUGAACUUUGGUGCCACCGGACGAUUAAAACAUAUUUCUCCCUUUAUGCCUAGUUGUGAUGGUCUGGUAGAUGUUUUGGAGAGUCUUGGCGAACGAAAAGAGGGACAUUGGAGUCGUAAUGGUGUGGAUGUCAGUAUAUAUUUGGAAGCCAAAGCCAUGGACAGGUUGUUAGCCGACAAAUCGCUGUGGACUGCUUAA